GAAGAUCUAAGUGGUUAUUAUGAAUGAUAGCAUCAGUUGACAUAGUUUGUACUUGAAUUUUGAAUAUGUAAUAAAUAGGAAGAGGAGGAAGAGGAGAUAGAGGAGGAGCUUGCAGAUGUGACCUUUGGGGAUUUGCAGAAGGCGCGAUCCAACGGCUCGCAUGUCUUGUUGCCUCCUCACCCUAAAAAUGACAAGAAGAAGGCUGCCCGAGCUAACAAGAACCGGUAUUGCUUUAUACUUAUUUAUUUACUUUUGUAAUGUAAUUGAAGCAUUCAAGUACUGAUUGUGUUUGUGUCUGUUUAUGUGUUUGGAGGCCGAUGGAGGUGAGUAGCAAGAAGCCUGUCAGUAGAUUCAGGGAGGUCAUCCAAGCGCCCAAAAAGGUGGUACGUGAUCCGCGUUUUGAAUCUUUAUGUGGAACACUGAAUGUUGAUGGGUUUAGGAAGAGAUAUGAUUUUUUGUUUUCAAACGAGCUUCCAGCUGAAAAGGAGGAUCUAAAGAAACAAUUGAAGACAUCUAAGGACCCAGAAGUCAUUGAAGAUCUAAAGAAGCGCAUAUCUUGGAUUGAUAAACAGCUAAAAUCUGAUUCGUCUAAGCGUACUGAAGCUGAAAUUCUAGCAGAGCACAAGAAAAAAGAGAGAGAAAAAGCAAAGCAAGGGAAACAACCCUUCUUUAUCAAAAAUCUGAUAUCCGGAAGAAACGACUUAUUGAAAAGUAUACAAAUCUCAAGGGAUCUGGCAAACUUGAUAACUUCUUGGAGCAAAGGCGAAAGAAGAAUGCUUCAAAGGACCACAGAUACAUGCCGUACCGUAGACCUGACAACAUUGAGUAGCCAACUUAAUGGUCUCACUUUGUUGCAUUGAAGUAGCAUCACUUCACUCUCAUCUUAGGAUUCAUAGGUACUUAUGCGUUGUUUCCUUGAGCUGUAGUUUGAGAAUUUUGUUGAAUACCAAAACAAAAGCUACUAUGAGACUUAGAUGAUGUGGAUAUUGGUCAUUUUACCUCAGAGUAUGUGGAAUAGCUUUGCUUUAGUAAUACAAAAGAAUUAACUAAUAAGAAUAAUUAUAAC